UAUAGCUUUGCUGGCAGAGUUGGAAACAUCACGCUGCGCAGAAAAUUAAUAUUUCUAUAAUCAUUUGGCAACCACAUCCAAACAGCUGUCUUUUGGUAUUAUUUCAUCUAGUUGCCAAAAUAAACGUAGAAUUUGUUUAUCAUCCGCGGCAAUACAUUUUCAAAUUUUAAGUCUUUAAUUCAUUCAUUAUUAAAAUGGAGAGACCUCAAAAAAUGCCCAAGGUGGCGAAGGUUAAAAAUAAAGCACCAGCAGAGGUGCAAAUUACUGCAGAACAAUUACUCCGAGAAGCUAAAGAACGUGACCUAGAAAUUUUGCCGCCCCCACCAAAGCAAAAGAUUUCAGACCCAGCGGAAUUGGCUGAUUAUCAACAACGUAAACGCAAGGUAUUUGAAGACAAUCUUCGCAAAAAUCGCAUGGUAGUGAGCCAUUGGAUAAAGUAUGCACAAUGGGAAGAGUCACAAAAAGAAAUACAGCGUGCCCGUUCUAUUUGGGAACGUGCUUUGGAUAACGAUCAUCGAAAUAUCACCAUCUGGUUAAAAUAUGCUGAAAUGGAAAUGAAGAAUAAGCAAGUGAAUCAUGCUCGCAAUUUAUGGGAUAGAGCGGUCACAAUAAUGCCUCGCGUAAACCAAUUUUGGUAUAAAUACACUUAUAUGGAGGAAAUGUUGGAUAAUGUGGCGGGCGCUCGUCAAGUUUUUGAACGGUGGAUGGAGUGGCAGCCAGAAGAACAAGCUUGGCAGACUUAUGUUAACUUCGAAUUACGCUACAAAGAAAUAGAUCGAGCGCGGGAAAUUUAUGAGCGUUUCGUAUAUGUUCAUCCUGAUGUUAAGAACUGGAUUAAGUUUGCCCGCUUUGAGGAAUCUCAUGGUUUUAUACAUGGUGCACGUCGUGUUUUCGAACGAGCAGUGGAAUUCUUCGGAGACGAAUACAUUGACGAACGGUUGUUUAUUGCAUUCGCUCGAUUUGAAGAGGGACAAAAGGAGCAUGACAGGGCGCGUGUCAUUUACAAAUACGCAUUGGACCAUCUAUCUAAAGAUCGCACGCAAGAACUGUAUAAAGCCUAUACAAUACAUGAAAAGAAAUAUGGCGAUAGGGAAGGUAUUGAAGAUGUUAUUGUUUCAAAACGAAAAUUCCAAUAUGAGCAGGAGGUUGCUAUCAAUCCCCAAAAUUACGACGCAUGGUUCGAUUACUUACGAUUAAUAGAAGGUGAAGGUGACGUUGACCUCAUACGAGAAACAUAUGAACGGGCUAUUUCAAACGUCCCACCUGCAAAUGAAAAGAAUUAUUGGCGACGUUAUAUUUAUUUAUGGAUAAAUUAUGCCCUCUAUGAGGAAUUGGAAGCUGAAGAUUUAGAACGUACGCGCCAGAUUUAUAAAACAUGCCUUGAGCUCAUUCCUCAUAAGAAAUUUACAUUCAGUAAAAUUUGGCUGAUGUAUGCACAGUUUGAAAUUCGAUGCAAGGAGUUACAAAAGGCUCGUAAAACAUUAGGAAUGGCGAUUGGAAUGUGUCCGCGCGAUAAACUUUUCCGUGGUUACAUCGAACUGGAAAUACAGUUGCGCGAGUUCGAUCGUUGCCGAUUGCUUUAUGAAAAGUUUUUAGAGUUCGGACCCGAAAAUUGUGUAACUUGGAUGAAAUUUGCUGAGCUCGAAAAUUUGUUAGGUGAUACGGAUCGCGCACGUGCGAUUUUUGAACUGGCAGUGCAACAACCACGACUUGAUAUGCCCGAGCUUUUGUGGAAGGCAUAUAUUGACUUUGAGGUAUCACAGGGAGAAGCACAACUGGCACGCCAACUUUAUGAACGUCUUUUGGAACGUACGCAUCAUGUAAAAGUGUGGAUGUCAUACGCAAAGUUCGAAUUAACUCAAUACGAUGCCGAUCUUGCCGAUGAGGAUCCCGAAAUUAAUAUAAAAUUGUCAAGGCGUGUAUAUGAACGUGCAAAUGACACCUUGCGCACAGCAGGAGAUAAAGAGUCACGAGUGUUGUUGCUAGAGGCAUGGCGAGACUUUGAACGAGAAUCGGGUGAUAAUCACGCAUUUAAAAAAGUAAUGGAGAAAAUGCCCCGCCGCGUUAAGAAACGGCAAAAGAUUGUUUCAGAACAUGGAGUGGAAGAAGGCUGGGAGGAAGUGUUUGAUUACAUAUUCCCUGAAGAUGAAAUGGCGCGUCCUAACUUGAAACUGCUUGCUGCUGCGAAAAUGUGGAAGAAACAAAAAGAAUCGGUUAACACAGAGUCAGAUGAAAACGAUGUUAGUAAAAGCAUGGACGCAGAAAAAUAGUAAUGAAACAUAUUAUAUUAAAGUCUUAGUUUCUACCUUGAAUAAAUAAGUUGUGUAUGAUGUCUAAAAUAACAGAUAG